GGAAAUACAUAAGGUGUGCUCUUGCGCAUCGUUUUGAACAGCCAAUGAGAAGUUGCUCCCAACGGUGUCCAUAUUGUGGCGGUUAAAUCAAAUCGAGCGUUCUAUAAGCAGUUAUAAAGUCAUAUAUCUAGUGCAUUUAUUGUGUGGAAAUAUAAAAAGCAAAGAGUAAUAUGUAUUUUAUACGUUUUCGCGCAACGAUUAUUUUUUAAUUUCAGUUUCCAUAUAUAUUUAUUGACAAAGUAUAUUUUUUAAAUGUAGGAGUCUGGUGUCCAUUCUAUGGGUUGCUAUAGCAACCCAUAAAUAUAGACAAUAUAGACACCGUUGCAGAUUCCCAGGUAUCGAUAUAUCGACUUAAAAUGGAGACGCUUGGGAGCUGCGCAGAACCGGACGAAAAUUGGUAUCGGUAACGAGCACACCUUAUGUAUUUCCACCAUGAAUGUAUGUACGUUUGGUAGAGAGGGAAGAAACAGCUGUUCGGGGGUGGAAGUCGACAUGUUUAUCGGCGCAACCGCGCGGGGAUGCGUUGUCGUUCCGGGGCAUGUACGACGUCGACUCGCGAGAUAACGACGGCCGAGAAUAAUGUGAUUGCCGAAUGUAGGACGAUCGCGAGUCGGUGGUGAGCGCGCUACGUCUAGUGCUACGUACGUGAGAAGCGCGGCUCUCCCGCGGGUUAUGUCUGUCGUUUGCCCCGCGCGCAAGAAUCAUGGCGCAGUGCAAGUUAACUCCGCGGGAGUUUAUUGGCAACGCUUUCUCCCCGCAAAUUGCCGUGGUCUGCUCGGUCGCGGCCGACGCCGCGUGCCAAAAGAACAAUCUGUCGUUCGUCGAACUGCUCCAACCGUUUUGCAAAUUAAACACCGAAGGUCACUUCAAGGAUCCCCAAGGCAACACGAUAGCGAUCAGAAAUCUACGUCUUUCCAUACAAGACAUUAAUGCGCGGCCGCCAGAACCGAGUCUUGCCAAAAAAUUGUUGAACGAGGCCGUGAGCUCUGCCCUGUGCGAACGUACAACCAUGGUUCACAUCGGCGCGACCGAGCUAGAUAUCCCCGUCUCCGUUCCCUGGUUCGAGGCGUGGAGAGAAACGUUUCUCAGCGUCCAGUUCCCGUCGGAUCACGAAUUCACGAAGCAUCUGCUUGCGUGCAUGAUUGUCGUCUCUACAGCGGAGGACAAGCCGCUGGAGAGGAUUCAGACUAUGGGGGCGCAAUUGCAUCAGAGUAUACCGGGAAAGUUGCCUAAAUGGUUUAACAAUAAUGCCCUUAGGUAUUACAUCUUAGUUCACGACGCCCUUCAGGAUGACAGAAAUAAAGCAGAAGCAGUUUUUACAGACAUGAAGACUAUUUAUGGUGCUAAUAAUUCCUUUCUACUGCAAAUGAACUCGAGACCGCCCGGCCUUUCCGAUGACAAUACGCACUUGCCCGAUCCUUGGAGUCAGUUUUUGACAAAACAUUCGGAAUUGGCCGGUGGUAGCGAGCAGAACAGCUCCCCUCGUACACCUGCGGACAUAGGUGGAGUGUCAGCCAUGCCGAGCGAGCUGACUACGGAGACUGAAAAAACGAGUCAGGCCGGAACGCCACUAGUCCCGCACAACUGUGUCGCAUUGCCGUCUCCAGAUUUAACGGAAUUAGUUUCCGGAAUUGACACGAUUAGUCUCUCAUCCGAAAUAUCCGACUCGACGAAUGCGAAUCUAGAAGUGGGACAAGAAGCGGUUCCAGUUACCGUUCACCCACUCAGUCCGGACAACGAGAAAUCACAGAGCUUCGUUCCUGCGGCCAAUAUCAAGAGUCAAUCCAUUAGCACUAACUCGCCGAUAAAUACAAACGUCUGGGCUGAUUCUCCGAACUACGUAGUUGCUCAACACGGUGCUCGUCUCUCCACUCAAGAUCUAGAAAGAUUGCGGACGUUAAUAACGGAAUUCUGCCUGCGAAGCCUGCUGCCUUAUGUAGAAAAGCAGAUUGGCCUAUUGAACGACGUGAUUUCAAACAAGAGGGUCAGCAGAUCGCUGUUUAGCGCCACAAAAAGGUGGUUCAGUACAAAUAAGCCUGGCGUUCCAGGUUCGGCGCCGUCAAAUGCCGUAAUUUACACAACGGAGUCGCCAGAGUUGCAGUUACGGCGUUUGGGCGACCUGUGUUUCAUGUUCGGCCACUAUUCGCUCGCUUAUCAGGUUUACCACAGCGCGAAGCGCGACUUCGCCGCGGAUCAAGCUUGGGUAUAUUACGCGGGCGCCCUUGAGAUGGCCGCUCUGAGCGCUUUUAUGCACGGCGAGACCAACAGGAAGACCAUCGAGUACAUGGACGACGCGAUAUUAACAUACGCGAAUAGCUGUAAGAUGCCGCAGUUUGCUACGAGGGCAACGUUACUCAGCGCCGAGUGUUUGAAAGGCCGCGGCUUGUACGGGGAAGCCGCGAAGCAGCUGAUACGGAUGACCAGCGAGGAUUCCGAUUUACGUUCGGCCUUGCUGCUCGAGCAGGCCGCUUAUUGCUUCAUCGGUCCGAAGAUGAUGCGCAAAUAUGCCUUUCACGCGGUUCUGGCUGGACACAGAUUCUCGAAGGCCGGUCAACGAAAGCAUUCCCUGAGGUGUUACCAGCAAGCGUAUCAAGUAUAUUAUGAGAGAGGCUGGUCUUUGGCAGAGGAUCACAUCCAUUUUACGAUCGGUAGGCAGGCGGCGUCCCUGAAACAAGUCUCCGAGGCGGUGAAGGCGUUUGAAAAGUUACUUAAUGCUUCUAGUAAACAGCACGCUCCGCAGCAGGCGGCAUUUUUGCGAGAAUUUUUACACACUCAUAACUUGUUGCAGGAAAACGGUGCGAGCUGCACGGGUCUUCCUAUUCUACCCUUGCCACUGUUGGAUAACAAUAAUAUCAAAGUGCUGUACGGUCCGUUGGGCAGACAAACCGAGAGCAAUAUUCCAGCGAGUCACGUCACGUUCGCUGAAGAGACAGACGACGCGAGGUGGUCGAGGAUGGAAGAGCUGCUGAUUACCGAGGCGCAAGGCUCUCCGCUCAUGAUUUUUAAACCGACGGUCGCGCUGUACUCCAGAACAAGCAAUAACGCUGUAAAACCCAACGCGGUUCUAGACGAACCGGUGCAUUAUUCCAUCGAGUUGCACAAUCCGCUGCACGUCCCUCUACCAUUGUCGGACGUGACCCUAUUGUGGUCGUUCACGUGCAAUAACGAGACCGUCACGAAUGAGACAGAAACGAUCGACCGCUCAAGCCCGGUCGAGUCGGACGUCACGGACGCGAUUUUGUUGCAACCGGCGUGCAAACAGAAUAUCGUAUUGUCUUUAACGCCCAGGCGAGUGGGCGAAUUGAAGGUUCUAGGUAUAAGCUACAAAUUGUCCAAUCCGGUGCAGACGAUGAACGAUCAACCGGUUGCAAAUUCGACCGUUAUCGUCGCCGGUAAGAGAUUGUUCGAGAUUACACCGCCCAGGUUGAAAAGUGUCAAGGAGAAACCCGGCGUGAAUGUGUACGGGAAAGAUUAUAGGCUGGAGAUGAAUGUGAUAGAGAAGGCGGCAUUUAUGCAGAUACUCUUCACGAAGCUGUCGCCAGAAAUGCUGUGCGGCGAAGUACAAAAGGUGGAGGUCACGUUAAAGAACAUAGGUAACGCACCGUUGACCAACAUACAUAUUGCGUCCACCGACGCCAAACUAUUUACAUUAGGAAACACGGAGACCAUCGAUACACUCGGAAACGAUGAUUUAGUUGCGAAGAAAAAUAGUAAAUCGGUUACAAAGGUGAUAUUACCGGCCUCCAAGAAUGGUGUGUUAAAUGUAGGCGAGACUCACAAAAUGCCACUUUGGGUGCAAGCACCCCACGUGAAGGGUAUUCACAGAUUAGAUAUGCUCUUCUAUUACGAGAGCGUCGAGUCGAACGCUACUUCGAAGCACCGUUUGUGCCGACACACCUGGCAACUAACGGUGCUGGACUCGAUACGAAUUACCGCGGUUGCCGCCCGAAGCGGACUGUUCAGGGACGACUCGCCGACGUUAAAUUUAAUCAUGUCCGUUAAGAAUACCAAUCAGGUUCACGAUCCAUCCAUAAAUGAGAUCAUCCUGUCCCAAGUGUCGCUACAGAGCACCACGUGGUCCGCGUUUCAUUCCUCGGUUCUGCCGCCGAGCGUGAAGGUUCAACCUCAAGAGGUAUUUCAUCUGAUGCUGAAGCUAAAGAAGAGCAAGACCGGCGGCGAGUCGACCAUUUCUGACGUGUCCUUGACUCCUAACAAGGGCAACAAGGCGCUGCUCGACAGUUAUCCGUUUAUCAACUUUGUACAGAGACGUUACAUCCAGCCGCUGGACGUGAGCGAAAGUGCGAGCGACGCGCAACAAUUUCAGCCGCAGCAGAACGCCGAGAGGAACUCCGCGUCGGAUAUCGCGGCGUUGAAUUCCACGCUGAUCGUCCGGUGGUGUGCUAACGUGACGGAGAGCGGUGUUAUCACUCGUACGGCGGUCGGGCAACAUCACCUCGAACUCGAGCAUUUAAACAAGACGUAUAAACAUCCGAGGGAACCACGUGCCGAGCGUAGCGAGUAUGGCGCACGCCUGAAGGUCUUCGGCCCGGACCGGAACGUAUCGAAUGCAGUGGCUGUCCCGCUUAAAGACCCCCUGUGGGAAGCGGAGUAUCUGAAAAGUCUAAUCUCUUUUUCCCUCAGUCAUCAAAGGCGGACGACGCACGAUUUUCAGCGAAGCCGAUUGUGCGUUGUUCCCGUGACGAUGUAUCUGCAAAAUCACUCGCAGGCGCGAACCGACGUUAAAAUAAGCACGAUAGGUACCAGCAGCGAGACUCAUCUUCCGAAUAUCAAAUCCCAACUGUAUUCGCCGCAAGCUUCGACGUACUACAAGUACGCCGGCCACUCGUUAAUUUAUUCCGACGUCGAAGCGCACACGAGCAAUACCGUAAAGCUGCACGCCGUGUUCUCCAGCGCGGGGACGUACGACCUGGCGGCGCGAAUAGAGGUCUCCGUGAAAGUUGUAAAUAGCCUGGAAUACGUCGUUCAGAAAGGCAAAAUGGAGAGUAUAUGCAUCAUUAGUGACAGCACGUCGAUUGCUUUACGUGGAUAACUUUUUGUACUUCGAUGGGCGAAUGUACGAGUGUGAUACACAAUCAAGCCAGAAAAACUUCCCGUCUUGGGAUCGAUUGCGUUUAGUUGGUUUCAUUAGUGUGAUUACUGAGCUCUUUUACGAUCUGUUAGUCUCGCGCUACCUCACGGAUAUGAGUCUACGAGCAAGCAAUCGGGUACGUGAAUUAAGGCAGGAACUUUAAAGUUUUUUCUGCCAUGUUGCGUUUAAUUAAUAGCGAAUUCGGUUGCUCGCACUAGUGCGCACUGAGCGCAUACCAAGACUUGUUUAUAGUCCAUUUUUAUUUAAAAAAAUGGUCUGUACAGCAUUCAUACGGAUUACACAAUACUCUUUAAACAUGUAUUUAAGGUAAAGUUAAAUAUAAGAAACUAGUAAGAAUAUUCUUAAAGUCGCCAGAA